AUGCCGCCCACGACGCUCUGCGGCGUCUGUCCCCCAACGCGCGUCGCGCGCGUCGCCCGCGUCGGCGGCGCCUCCUCCGCGUCGACGCCCCUCGCGGCGACGUCAUCGACGAGGGUGCCGAUCUCGAGCUCUCGUCGCGCGCGGAGAUCCCGCUCCUCCGCUCUCCCCGCGCUCCCGCCCGACGCGAUCGCCGCCGGGUUCACGGACGCGGCCGUCGACGCCGUCGCCGCGGCGUCCGCCGCGGCGACGGCGACGGACGGCGCGUCGACCUUCGCGGCGUCGUCCAUGGCGGACGCGCUCUCGGACACCGGCGUUCCCGAGUGGCAGAUCUACUACGGCGCCGUCGCCGGUCUGUCGCCGUUCGUCAUCGCCGCGUACGAGUUCGGCAAGCGUAUUCUCAUCCAGCGCCGGUGCGAGCUGUGCCAGGGGAGCGGGCUCAUAAAGCGCGGGCGGUACUCGCGGAAGUGCACGUCGUGCGGCGGGUUCCUGCCGUGGGAGUCGUGGGAGCUGUUCUUCACCUCGGAAGCCGGCAACGGCGGCGCGCUGAGGCAACCGAAAGGGCAGACGAGCGCGUUUUACGACGUCGACGCGGCGACGGAGGACAGCAGGCGUCAGGCGGCGGCGGCGAGAGCGGCGGCGGAUGAAGAGGACGAGGGCGCCGAGGAGAGCGGCGCGGGCGUCGGCGCGGAGGAAAGAGGCGGCUCGACGAGGCUCGACGCGGCGCCGCGCCACCGCGCGUGCUUCAGCCCCCGCGCGGUCUCCGGGUUCCGACGCCGCCCGCGCGCGCUGGCGACCCGCGCGCGCCGUUCGCGCCGCGCGACGCCGCCCCCUCGCGCGAUCGGCGACGGCGCCGCGGAGGCCGCGGAGUACCGCCUCGCGACGCCCGAGGAACGCGCCACGGCGGAAGCGAUCGUCGUGAAGCCGCGCAUGACGCACGGCCUGGACGUGCACCGGCGGAUACACGUUCGAGCGAUGCGGCAGCUCGCGUACAUGUCGCAGUGGAGGGCGUUCUGCGAGCGCGCGAAGCUCGAUCCGACGAGUUACGCGUCGGACGACGACGAGGCGACGCUGUGCUCGUUUCAUUUCGAGCUCGAGCGCGGGUUGGACCGGUUCGAAGAAGCGAAGCGGGCGAACGCGCUGGACGAUUACCCGCCGCGGACGCUACACCCGACGCAAGGGUUUCCCGCGAUCCAGGCGGCGUUCUACGCCGCGGUCGCGGAGGCGUGCGGCGGUCAGGAGCGGCUGUUCGAUAAGCUCUAG